AUGUCUGCAGCUUCAAAUGUCUCGACCACUAAACAGCAAACAAUUGAACAGUUACUUAAGACAAUGCAGGCUCUCAAGCUUCAAAACCAGGUCUCCUCCACCUCGUCAUCUGCUGCUUCCAACUCUGUUUCUGGCCCUGUUGCUGCCGAUUCCUCCAUUAAAAAGGCUAAGGGCCUCGAGAGAUUACUCACAGCUGCCGAGAUCAAGGAUGUGCAGUACCAGGCAAAAGCACUCGUUGUGACCUGCAACGUCUGGUGGGACAAAUUCCUUCCAUUUGGAUACCCCCGGGUUGAGAGUGCUGCAGAGCUAGCUUGCUACCGUGAGGAACUAAAAGAGCUAAACAAGCUGGACACCACGAAGCGAAAGCUUGUGCUGAACUGGAGCUCAAAAAAAGUAGAUGCAGAGAGACAGAUCUCUCUGCUAUGGAUUGUCAAAGCCCUUUAUAGAGUCAUACCAGAGAAAUUCCAUGACAUGCUGGAAAGCGGAUACAGUGGAAUGGAAAACAUGAUGAAAGCCGCUGCGGGCGGGUUAAGAUCCACCAUGAUGCAUCACAUCCGACAGUCUGCCUCUACAAUCUUUGAAGACAUUCCCGUUCCCCAUACUGUCUUCCAUCCGGGGUAUGCUCAAGGCAGCAAUGAACUCUGUUUGUCCCUCCUGGGAUAUGACGAGGUUAGGCAGAGGUACAAGCAAUGCCCCAAAGUCCUCUAUCCUGUUGGAGAAGGUGAUGAAGCCAGCGUCAGCCUCUUUCGUUCUCCAGCAAUGGUAAAGGUUUUAAGUCUCAUUCUGUAUGGUCUGUCAUCCCUUCGUGCUGGAAAGAUGAUCAGAUCCACCAAUGGCACACUCUGGAAAAUCUUUGCCAUCACGCCAGGCACUAUAGCUUGUGCUGCGAUCAUACUUUGUUAUCUUCUUACUUCUGAUGGUAACUUCCUCGAAGAAGGAGACAAGACCGGCAUUCCUUAUUCUCAGGAUUGCGACUAUUACAUCCGAAUCAUCGAGACGACGAUAUCUCUUCCGUCGACACAGAGGACAAUUGAUUUUUUCAAUCAAAAUCUCUUCACUCGAAGGAGAACUGGGGCAGGGCUGGUCAUCUCAGAAGCCGGAAAGGAUUCCGACUCAGAAGAAGAAGAGAUCCUACGGGCUUUGCACCAACCAGAAGCAGACCAGGAGACAGAGGUCAACACAUCAUUGGAGGAUGAUAGGGAGAAUAAUAUGUCAGCGACACUGAUGCCGCUGCUGACACUCAGGGCAGUUAGGUUUGCUGACCCUCCUGCUACCGGACACAACUACGUUGAGAUUCACUCUGAUGAUGAGCCUCACCCUACCAACAUAUUUGCUACUAGCUCUGAUGACGAGCCCAUCACUGCCAUAACUGCUGAUGCUCUUGGGCAUCGCAGUAGCCUAGUUGGUCGGAACAGAGGAACUGAGCAAGGCAAUGCCUCUGGGAUGGGGUCUAAUGCUUCUGAUAACCCUUUGCCAGCUGCAGUGAAUGCACCCAAACCAAACCGAGGAAGAGGAAGAGGAGGCAAGAAAUUCACCUGA